AUGGCUCCGGGAGGAAGAGAAGGAGACGAACGUCCGGCCAAGAGUGGCCUCCGGAAGGUACGCACGGCCACGCUGGUGAUCAACCUGGCUCGGGGCUGGCAGCAGUGGGCCAAUGAGAACAGCAGCAGGCAGGCCCAGGAGCCCGCAGGUUGGCUGCCCGGAGGCCCCCAGGAGGAGGCCCCAGCUCCCGAGCCAGUGACACAUCCCCCUCCCCAACAGAAGGCGACCAGCAUCUCGGCCUCUCCCUCCCUGGGGGCCGCUGGACAAAGCGUGGAGGGAGCCCCGGAGGCCUCCCGUAUCAAAAGGAAAGAGGUGACCAAGACCGUGGUCAGCAAGGCGUAUGAGAGAGGAGGGGACGUGGGCCACCUCGGCCACCGAUACGAGAAGAACGACCAGGGGCGGCCAGAGAGUGACGACAUCGACAGAAUCCUCCACGGCCGUGGCUCUCCCACCCGGAGGAGGAGAUGCGCCAACCUAGUCUCGGGGCUCACCAAGGGCUGGAGGGAACUGGAAGAGGAUGAACCCACGUGGAGAAGUGACAGCCUUGACACAGAGGACAGUGGCUACGGAGGGGAGACGGAGGAGAGAGCGGAACAGGACGCGGAGCAGAUGGCAGUGGCCAGAAUCAAACGCCCUCUGCCCUCCCAGGCCAAUAGGUAUACAGAGAAACUCAACUGCAAGGCCCAGCGGAAGUACAGCGAAGUGGACAACCUGAAAGGCAGAUGGCAGCAGUGGGCGGAUGAGCACAUGCAGUCCCAGAGGCUGAACCCCUUCAGCGAGGAGUUUGAUUAUCAGCUGGCCAUGUCCACCCGUCUGCACAAAGGUGACGAAGGCUACGGCCGACCCAAGGAGGGAACCAAAACUGCUGAAAGGGCCAAGCGCGCAGAGGAGCACAUCCACAGAGAAAUCAGGGACCUGUGCUUCAUCAUCCGCACCAUGGCCCGCCACAGGCGGGAUGGCAAGAUCCAGGUGACUUUCGGAGACCUCUUCGACAGAUAUGUUCGCAUCUCAGACAAAGUGGUUGGCAUUCUCAUGCGGGCCAGGAAGCACGGGCUGGUAGACUUCGAAGGAGAGAUGCUAUGGCAAGGCCGGGACGACCAAGUGGUGAUUACUCUACUGGAGUGAACCCGAGACAAUAAAUGCCCAAGUGGACCUGCUACGCUCUUGACUGCCAAAGUUAAUGUAGUGAUGUUUCAAAGCACUCUAUAUAGGUAACCAAUUUUUAUGCCAAUGACCUUUGGCCACUCUUUCUGAGAAUGUUUGAAAAAUUGUGAAAAAGCAUUUCUGAAAAACGUGUUCUUUGUACAUGAAAGAGUAAAACUGCACUGACACUUUCAAGCAAAACUCUUCUGAUUAGUCAUGAUUAUUCACUUUUGAUGUAAAUAUAAGGUUGCCGACUUGUUAAUAACAGGUUAAUAUGUUAAGAGAUUUUUAUAAGAAACUUGAUGUUGGGGGCUGGAGAGAAUACAGUGGGUAAGGUGCCUUGAAUGUGGCUGACUGGGCUCGGUCCCCA